GUUGAAGCCCGGCCUGGCGGCGGCGGUGGCAGUAGCGGCCGUGGCGGCCUCUGCGCAUGCUCCGUCGCCCGCCCGCCCUGGCCGCUCGCCGCCCGCCCGCCCGACGGAGACGCAGCCCAGCUAUCUGACUUCAUGUGAAAGAUGGCUAAUGCGGAAGUGAGUGUUCCAGUGGGGGAUGUGGUUGUGGUACCCACUGAAGGAAAUGAAGGGGAGAACCCUGAAGACACUAAAACCCAAGUGAUCUUGCAGUUACAGCCUGUGCAACAAGGUUUGUUUAUCGAUGGACACUUUUACAACAGGAUUUAUGAACCUGGGUCCGAGAACAACACGGCAGUUGUGGCAGUAGAAACUCACACAAUUCACAAAAUUGAAGAAGGGAUUGAUGCAAGCACUAUAGAAGCAAAUGAGGAUAUGGAAAUUGCUUACCCCAUAACUUGUGGGGAGAGCAAAGCCAUUCUCCUCUGGAAGAAGUUUGUAUGUCCAGGAAUAAAUGUGAAGUGUGUCAAGUUCAAUGAUCAGUUGAUCAGCCCCAAGCAUUUUGUUCAUCUGGCUGGCAAGUCCACCCUAAAGGACUGGAAGAGAGCCAUUCGUCUGGGUGGAAUCAUGCUCAGGAAAAUGAUGGACUCUGGACAGAUUGAUUUUUACCAACAUGACAAGGUUUGCUCCAAUACCUGCAGAAGCACCAAAUUUGAUCUUCUGAUCAGCAGUGCAAGAGCUCCAGUGCCAGGACAGCAGACAAGUGUGGUGCAGACACCCACUUCGGCCGAUGGUAGCAUCACACAGAUUGCCAUCUCAGAAGAGAGCAUGGAAGAGGCAGGGCUGGAAUGGAACUCCGCUCUCACUGCUGCUGUCACCAUGGCUACAGAGGAGGGUGUGAAGAAAGACUCAGAGGAAAUUUCAGAGGACACUUUGAUGUUCUGGAAAGGAAUAGCUGAUGUAGGGCUGAUGGAAGAAGUUGUCUGCAAUAUCCAGAAGGAAAUAGAGGAGCUACUCAGGGGAGUUCAGCAGCGGCUCAUUCAGGCUCCCUUCCAGGUCACAGAUGCUGCUGUUCUCAACAAUGUAGCACAUACAUUUGGCCUAAUGGACACAGUGAAGAAGGUUUUGGACAACAGAAGGAACCAAGUAGAGCAGGGAGAAGAGCAGUUUCUCUAUACUCUAACAGAGUUGGAACGCCAGUUGGAAGAACAGAAGAAGCAAGCUCAGGAUCACAGGCUGAAAUCCCAGACAGUUCAAAAUGUGGUACUGAUGCCUGUGAGCACUCCUAAGCCUCCAAAAAGGCCCCGACUCCAGCGGCCAGCUUCCACCACAGUCCUGAGCCCUUCUCCUCCGGUCCAGCAGCCUCAGUUCACAGUCAUCUCGCCCAUCACCAUCACCCCAGUGGGCCAGUCAUUUUCCAUGGGCAAUAUUCCAGUGGCCACCCUCAGCCAGGGCUCCAGUCCUGUGACUGUUCACACACUGCCUUCUGGCCCUCAGCUCUUCCGCUAUGCCACAGUGGUCUCCUCUGCCAAGAGCAGCUCACCAGACACAGUGACCAUCCACCCUUCAUCUAGCUUGGCACUGCUAAGCUCCACCGCCAUGCAGGAUGGGAGUACCCUGGGCAACAUGACCACCAUGGUGAGCCCCGUGGAGCUGGUGGCCAUGGAGUCUGGCCUGACCUCAGCAAUCCAGGCUGUUGAAAGCACCUCGGAGGAUGGGCAGACCAUCAUUGAGAUUGACCCAGCCCCAGACCCAGAGGCUGAGGAUACUGAGGGUAAAGCAGUCAUUCUGGAGACAGAGUUGAGGACUGAGGAGAAAGUUGUGGCUGAGAUGGAAGACCACCAGCAUCAAGUCCACAAUGUGGAAAUUGUGGUCUUAGAGGAUUAACUGGGGAUCUCGGGGCCAGGAGAUAUGUUUUGGUUUGGAAUUUUAAUUAUUUGUUUAUUUUUAUCAUUGUCCCACUCAUUUCCACAUAGGAUCCUUUUUUUUAAACAAAAUCUCAUUGUUGUAACUGAAAAUGUUGGGUUCCUCCCACCCCCUUAUUGAAAAAUAGACAAAAACAAGCUGUCCUUCCAGAAGUUGAGAGUAGGUCACUCCAUGUUCUAAUCCUUUUACACCAAGAAAGUUAUUUCUUUUAAGGGAGGCAUCAGGAUAAUCAGAAACCCUGUCCAGAAAGCCCUUUCCAGGCUAGUCUGUUUGUGCCCGGAUGUGGUUUUAUUUUUGUAAAGGUGCAUUGACCAAACUCUGGAAGGCAGAUCUGACACUGGAAGGCAACCCACCCACACAUGGAAGCAGAAAGAUACUUUAUUCUGUAUCCUGGAAAGGGCCCUCAGAGGCCGGUGCAAAACUCUGAAAGGAAAGAAAGUUGACCUAUGCUUGGAGGGGAAAGUGGCAUACCAGCAGUAGCUUAAAAAGGGAAGUGCUUUGGCCAGGAUGGGGCAAGGAAAUUAUCUUAGCUCCAGAAGUGCAACUGAUGCCUCUUGAUAUCUCUAAGGGUUAUUACCAUGGGUGCCAUUUUUAGGAGAGGCUAGUAAUAAGUGGAAGGGUAUAUCUCCAUGGACCAAGUGGCAUCAGGGGCCUAGGGGCCCGUGGCUUUGCAGAAAUAGAAAUCCCCGGUUGUCACAGCUAGGCUUUGUGAUUCAAGCUCACCUUCCCUCCCUUCCUCAACUUUGUCAAAGCACUUAACCCUCCUAAACUAGGAUCAGUCCAUUCAUUUGCAAACUAUGUGAUGUGGUGUAAAUUUCUCUGGUUCUUGGACUGCGGCUGUCAUGGGGGUGGGGCUCCAAGGCCAUCAUUUUUAUUGCAUGACUCCAGGUGCAGGGGAGUUCCUCAUCUAGACCAGCUGCCCUUUUUGGUGGGGCCCUUUUUUGGCUUUGGAACCAAAAGCAGCCACUCAUUUGGUGCUUCCUCUUGUUCUACCCUCCAUCCCUCAAUUGUUAAUGGCAUCUGUCUCCUGGAUCCCACGCUCUUCAGCUUUUUGGCUGAUUUGGAGAACAGUGACAGGUGCCUGCUUGCCUUCAUCCUCUUUUAGAUUCAUUUAUACCAUUUAUACCACAGAUGUUUCUGUGAGAUAUUGAGCUCAUAAAAAAACCUUAGGCUUGGCAGGGAAGACUCAACAGCCCCAGCCUAUCCUGAGGCACUGAGUAGAUGUCUCCUCCUGAGUGAGCUGGACUCCCUGGG